AUGAAGAAGUGGCCACUGCCUCGUGAACAGUUUGCAGCGCUCGACAAAUUCUUUGCCGAUUGUUUAGCUGCUGGUCAUGUGAGAGAAUCAACAUUCCCACACAGCUCUCCGACCUUCUGUGUGCGAAAGGCCACAGGAGGGUUGCGGAUAGUGCACGCGUUCAACAAAUUAUACGCUGCAACGGUACUGGCUCAAACGCUGAUACCGAGGAAGGACGUCAUCAUUGAUGGCACGGAAAAAAGUAACAUCUUAUCGUUCAUGGAUCUGAUGGACGGAUUCUAUCAUAUUCGCACGCGUGAACGGGACAUCCCGUACACAGCAGUGAGCACCCGCAGCGGUAUGCUCUGGGAGUGGCUAGUGAUGCCAUAG